AUGGUGGAGAGUCGGACCCAUGUACAGAGGGAAGGAGUGUACUGCUGGUUCUCCUCACUCACCUCUGCCCAAAGAGCCGAGUUCCUGUGUGGCCUGCUGGACCUCUGUGUGCCCAUCGAGCUUCGCUUCCUCGGUUCCUGCCUGGAAGAUUUGGCCCGCAAGGACUACCAUUCGCUCCGGGAUGCAGAAAUCAAAGCGAACAACCCCGCGGAUUUAUCCGGACUCACCAAUAUUACGGACGAGGUGGUGCGGAGUAAACUGUUGGUGUCUCUCGCCCUGCUCGGCUCGGACAACCGGGAGGCGGCGGGGGUCUUGUACCAGACCUUAACGCACAUUGACACGGUGAUCAACAACUACGGUCUGGCCUUGAACGACGGAAGGGCCGAGGAGCAGUUUCUCUUGCUCUUCACCAUGGCAUCAAACCACCCUGCUUUCAGCUUCCACCAGAAACGGGUUCUGAGGCAGCAGCUCCUUCACAUCCAGGACGUCCUGCAGAAUAAAACCAGGGAAACUGGUACGACCCCUGUUCUGGGAUCCGAGGUGAAAACUGUGAAAGUAGCCCAUUCGGUCGGCCAGGAACCAAACCCUCCUCACCUGGAUCUCGCACCUCCUCAUCACCUUCCUCCUCCUUCAGCUUCAGGGCAGGGCCAGGAAGCUGCAGGACAAACUAAGAUUCAUCAGGCAAAAAGAGGGACAGUGGCAGUUGACAGAGUUGCACUGCGAGGAGUGACGCACAAGUUUGAAGACAAAAGUGAUUAUAUUUUUGAGGUCAGCUGGUCUGAUGGCUUUGUCUCAUCAGUUGUCCGAAGUCAACAGGAAGUGACUGAGCUACUUUCACAGUUGUCACAGGCCUUUCCUGAUGAGCGAAUGGAGAAGCUCUUGUCUAGUGAGUCUGACGCCAGAUGUCUGACAGUGUUGCCCAGCCAUGUCCUCCAGCACCACAGCGUCCAACUCUUCUUCACCUCCACCAGACCUCUAUCACCCAAACCCCAGUCCCCCCUCUCUUCCUUGCUCCCCAAUAUGCCUUCCUCUCCUCCCACAGCUCCUGUCAUCCCAACCUACCCAUUCACUUCCAACAAUUCUAGCUCAUCUAGCUGUAUGAUGCAGUACAGAGGGACCGGCAGGGCGGUGUACAGAGUGGCCAGUGUCCAGCCUGUUGUCAGCACUCAUAAUUCUGCCUUGGCCUGCUCCUCCCCUCACCUCUCUUCUCUCCCUCCCUCACAUCCUUCUCCACAACACUCCCCUCAGCUGUCCUCUCUCCCUCCCACGGUGCCACCCUUGCCCACACAGGGCUUCCUCGCCGGCAGAGGUGACGCUUCCUCCCAGCCGCACUCCCAAAGCAAACCAUGUCCUUCACUUCAACAGCACACGUAUUCUGACCCUCAGCAGUCCUCAUUUUACCCGUUGCAACUACAGACCAGCUGUCACCUCGGUGCCCAAGCCCCGCAUUUGCCCCAUUCUCAGUCCCUUUCGUAUUCACUAUCUCAGUCCCGUACCCAGCACCACGCACAGUCUCCAUCACAGUUGCAGGUGAACACACCAGAGCAGAACGGCAUCUUGGAUUGGCUGCGCAAGCUUCGCUUACAUAAAUACUAUCCGGUGUUCAAACAGCUGACAAUGGAGGAGUUUUUAGCACUGACAGAGGAAGACUUAAACAAGUACGACUUAACCCAGGGAGCAAAGAAGAAACUCAAGACUCAGCUGGAGUUACAGAAGUCAGCAGACCGGGAGAUGAAGAUAGAGAAACGGACAUGUAGUGGUAUUGCUAGAGUUACGCCAUCCAGUCAUAUGGGAUCCUCGACCCACACCUCAACCGCAGUAGAGCUGCGAGUGGAGCUGGACACAGUGCUGCACCAUCACCCCGUCCACACAGACAGCAGCUCAUCCUCAGGCUACUCCAGCUCUUCUUGUUCCCCAAGAACACCAUUCUGCUCUGACUCCACUCAGGACAGGAGCAGAGAUAUUUACAGGCCUACCAAUGUCUCUGUGUCUCCUGUUUGUGUGCCAGGUCCAGAUACGGGAGCAGGCGGUCAAGAAAAGGAGCGCUCGUGCAUUUUUGUCCUGAACUCUAGCUGCCCCACAGGUCCCAGUCGCCCUACGGCACAGGUCCUUCCUGUCCAGACGGACCCGGCCGCUCUCGUUGUCCCAUCCUGCUCUUCCCACCUGCCAUUCGCUCUGUCUCACUACCACCCGCAAGGCAGCUAUCCUCAAAGCCCUCUCUCGAACCAGGCCCGUAUUCUGUCCUCCCCACGAAAGCCAAGGCCACCCCCAAUAUGCGCAGAGGACAGGACUAAAGCGCAGGCCUCGGGCCCGCCCGGUACAGGCAUGAGCGUAAAGUUGGAGAACCUCCUCCCCAGGCUCAAGCUCAAGGCGGAUGCCUCCACCUCUCUUCGUGACAGUGAAGGCUGUCUCAGUUUUACGGGGGCUUCGGUGGGUCUGAUGGUUGAGACCAGUUGUGCUCUGACCUCCACCUCAAACAGCCUCCAUCACGUGUCGCAACCGCCACUCCACUUUCACCUCUCCUCUUCUUCAUCCUCAUCUCCAUCCAUAUACUACUCGUACCCACCUACAUUUUCCUUUGCUUCUUUCGUCACCUGUAGUCCUUCCACAAAAUCCCUCUCACAAACUGCGAGCUCAGGUGGUGCCGGUGUCUCGGUUUCCAUGGCGACUGCAAGCAGUGUUCCUAUCGCCGCAGUGCCCAGCAACAUCUACUACCCUCAGCAAUCCACCCCGGGCCUCUCCGGCUCCUCAAGCGCUCUUUUGGAUCAGAGUCCAAGCCACAGCCACUCCGUGUGCGUUUGCAGUUCAUGCGGAUGUCGGGGCAACUGCGGAGCAUACGGCGCCUCGCCCGGUUACUUACCUGGAUCCAGCUACUUGCAGCCGUUGUCAGCCAGCUCUGUCUUUACCCUGGGCCCUCUGCUCCAUCUCGGCCCCCUAUUGGCCACGUCAGGCGCCACGGGCACUGCUAGCGCGCCCUUUUCCUACGCAGUGAUGGCGCCAUCUCCCCUCUACUGCCAGAGCCCUGGCUCACAUGACCGGCAAAAGGCCUUUAGCUUCUACCAGCCUCAUGGUAUCGUGGGAAACGGGGUCCAAAAGCGAAUAGCGGGGAGCCUUUCUUGUUACAACUGCGGCGGUCACGGGCACAGAGCAGAGGACUGCAAACAACCACCCAUGGAGUCGUCACAGCAAGAAGAUGGAACCGAGGGGGAGAAUGUAGAUGAUGAAGAGGAGCGGCCCCAGGACAGAGCCCUGGGGCACGCCAGCGGAGACAGGGAGGGAACUGGAUUUAUGGGGGCCAAGUUUGACAAAUUGUGUGCGGUUGGACAGGUAGGAAGUGAACCAGGAAAGGUGUGUGUGGGUGAUACCAAUGGAGGAGAGUCGGUCGAGAAGGAUUGUACGGGAAAUUGUGUCGAAGGCGGCAGUGAGGUCGAGGAGGACGAGAAUUGA